UGUGGCCAGUUGUAUUUCCGAACCAGUCAGCACACACACUGCGCGCGCGCUGAACCGAGACAAUACCGUUUGUCUUCAAAUAGUGUUUAAUAAAAGUGAAAGAAAACUUGUUUUUUAACAACAAAUAAUUACUUGCAAACAGUUUAAAUUGAUCCAAGUGUUCAACAGAAGAAUUAAAUAAGUGUUUGUUCUGGAUAUACAGCCUUUUCCGUAACAUGAAGACUUACAAGGUUUUAACAAUAAUCACAUUUUCAUUACUUACGGUAUGUGCAACGAAUAAGAAAAUGCUAAAGCCUAAACAGGAACGAGGUGAACCAAGAUUUAUUAGACACGAUAUUCCUAUGAACUUUAAACGUGGCCAUAAUUAUCCCAGUACUGCUGGUCCGAUAGAACCGGCAGAACUUGUAGCGAGCCCUUACCAGAAUCUGCAGUAUGCACCUCUUCAUGGACGAAUUAGUCAUAGAAAUAAAAAUGCAGCCGCGGAAUAUACAAAAGUUACGCCUACUCUGAGUGCCGCACCCUUGGGACCAACUGAACCAUUUCAAUCAAACGUCAGAAGUUCGUAUGCUAAGGCCCAUUUGGAGCCACGUAUUGUAUCAGGUCAACUUUCGGAUACAAUGAAAUGCUACAAUCCAGGAUAUAAUAUGGAUAUAUUUUCUUCUGUCAGCCGAAGUCCAGGACACAAUGCUGUAUAUAGAGACUUGACAGGAAUAAUUCCGAGCGACAAAUUCAAGGAGGACUAUCUGAUACCCAAACCUUUCGGAUACCCAAAUGCUUAUCCUUUGACUACGACAAUGAUGCCUUUUGAUCUCCCUGAGACUGUGGCCAAGCCCUUCAGUAUACCCAGCCAGCAUUACGUUCUAAAUCCAAAUAUAUUGGAUACAGGGUCAGAAGUAGAAAAAAUAAAGCGUCAAUAUUCACCGUUCGCAAAGCUCCACAGAUUACACCUUAACAUUGCCAGAGUGUACAGUCCUGGACAAACGCCUCCCAAGUCUCCAGCGUUUGCUGACACUUACUCACUUAACUUUGGCAGACUACCGGUCCAUUCACAAGCAUACAUCCCACCAGUUUUUCAAGCUUUACCAGUUCAGAAAACUUUGCUAUUCCCAAUCAAAAACAACCAAAAAAUCUUUCAUGUCCGAAUGGCAGAAAACAUUCCGUAGAUAAGAUUGUAAAUAUGUUUUAUGUAUAAAUACGUGUAUCUGUUACUUAUAUAUUAUGAGUUACUGUUAUUUAUAUAAUUAUAUCGAUCAUCAUUGCUGAUGAAAGCUGAGAUAUGUUUGCUGAUCAUUAGAAUUGCCGAAUCGUUAUUUUAAUUUAGCCUGUCAGGCCACAUUUCCAGCCCAAAAAAAAUAGUUUUGUACAUCGUACGAUUUAUUUAUUUGCAUUAAAACAACAGACACUACAACAAAGUUGUGAUUUAAUAUUUUUAUACAUCGUUUGUACAAAGUUUAAUAAGUAGAUAUUUUUUUAAUAUUACUUUCUGUUUAAAGGGACUUUUGUAUUUCAUUUUACAUAUUUUUGUGAUGACUAAUUUUAUUAGUUAGGCUUUAGAUUCGGUUUCUAUCAUCGACUGAUGACCGACGUCAUUUGAUGAUGCAAACCUGUAUUGUUGGCUGGAGUUUGAUUAUUAUCAACUACUGUGAUUGAUGUUGAUACUUGUGAUGAACAAACAUCUAUUGGAAUCGUGCGCGCCAAAUGAACAGUGAAAUCUUGGGAAACCUCGCAAACUGGUAGAACCUCACAACCUCACAUCAACCUCUCCGUUGUAUUGCGAUUGGAGAUUGAAAUUUGAAAUAACUUAAUGCCAAAUCUCAAUCUCAGACAUCAAAUCAACAGAUAGAAUAUUGGGUACACUCGUCAUUCGAAUGAUGUCAGAUUCAACGUUGACUUACAGUUGCCGAUUUAUGUAUUUAGAUGUAGUGUAUGUUGAAAUCUCGGGUCGUGCCGAAAUCGCUUUGUGGGUUUUCUAAAACUUUCAAAAAGCAGCCCGUGGUUGGGAGUUGGGGAUUGAUUCACCCGUGCAUCAGAGAGCACGUUAAUGUCGG